AACAAGAUGGCGGACCGUUAAAAACUGUCGUGGCAUAUAUCCGUCUCACGACCAUCCUGUGGUACUAGUAGAGAUUUCUUCAAAUAAGAUCGUUGUGAGAAAAUUGUGCACUUACUGGGUCACAGUUUGAGUCAACAAGAAUGGACACUUGUGUGUGAAGAUCUAUUGUGCACCUGUACUCAGGUACCGGAGAGCGCCCGAUCAUGCCCCGGCAGCUGAGGCCGGUGUGCGGGGUCCGCCUGCUGCUACUGGCACUUGGAACCUCCCUCAUGAUCACCUGUCUCGCACUGACGUACUGCGUGGGGAACAUCGACAGGCAAGCAAAAGAAGACCCGGCAGAGGAGGUGCAAGAAGACAGCGAAGAAUUCGAAAGCAGAAUCUGGGAACUGCAUGACACAAUUCAGGAACUUGAAGAACAACUGACUGUGGAGAAGCAACGUGCAUGUCCUACAGAUAUAAACCUGCCACAAACCAGGCCUGUCCGCACAUGUAAGGAGAAGACCAACUUUGUCUUCAUCAAGAUGCACAAGUCGGGAAGCGAAACAAUGACGUCACUCUUCCAUCGCUAUGGCGACGAACGGAUGCUGGAGUUUGUCUUACCGAGGGGUGAUGUCAACGAUUGGUACCUUGGAUGGCCUAAACCAAUCACAAGAGACAUCUACCGACCAGCUAAAUCUGGAAUGUUCAACAUCAUGUGUGAACAUACCGUCUUUAACAAACCAGCCAUGUCAAAGGUCAUGCCUAAAGACGCAGUGUACAUCACCAUCUUGAGAGAACCUUUCGAACAAUUCAAGUCGUCCUUCAAGUAUCAUCUCCUUCCAAAAAUACUUGGCAUUCCUGAAAACAGUGAUGUCCUAGUUGAGUUUUUUAAACAGCCAGAAACCUAUGAUAACAUCUACACUUCGAGCGCGGAGGAAGUACGAAAGGUUCGGACGGGAAUUCCUGAUGGUGUUUCUGUGACGCGAAACUUCAUGGCACACGACCUCAGCUACCCAAGGGCACAAUGGGAAAAUUCAACCUACCUACAGGAAUUCAUCAAGUACAUUGAUAAAGAAUUCAUCUUGGUCAUGAUUUUGGAAUAUUUUGAGGAAUCGCUCAUACUUCUCAAACGUGCCAUGUGUUGGGAGUUUCAGGACAUUAUUUACCACCCGUCCAAUGUGGCAGCAUACCCUUACAAGAUAGACAGACGACAGAACCUUAUAGAUGCACAUAGAAAGUUCAGCAAAGUCGACUAUGCACUUUAUCAACACUUCAACAGAACUUUUUGGGAAAAGAUCAAACAAGGAGGACAGGAUUUCAAGGAAGAGCUUGAAGCAUUUCGUAAAAUUCAAAGGGUGACGACCAGAUACUGCGAUAGUAAAAGGACAACGCCGCUCAGCUUCCCAAGUACGAAAUGGAGCAUGGAGGUGAGAAUUACACGCCACUUCUGUUCAAGAUACGGACUGGACACUGGCGGGUACUUAGACCAUGUUCUGAAGAAAAGAUAUGAUGGGAUACUCACUUAGGCAGGACUUCUCAAUGAUACGGUGAUAGAAAAGUACAGUGUGCAUUUACCUUCUAGAAACAUGAACUAUUUUUGCAUCACCUAUUGGUGAAGAAUAGUAUAUUUGGGACACCAUACCCUCACACUUUGGUUUAUCGUCUAUUGUUCUCUGUAUAGUGGAAA